AUGGGCCGCGUCCGCACUAAGACCGUGAAGAAGUCCUCCCGCCUGGUCAUCGAGCGGUACUACUCGAAGAUGACCCUUGAUUUCCACACCAACAAGAAGAUUCUGGAGGAGGUCGCAAUCAUCCCCUCAAAGCGCCUCCGCAACAAGAUCGCCGGGUUCUCGACCCAUCUCAUGAAGCGGAUCCAGAAGGGCCCCGUCCGGGGCAUCUCCCUCAAGCUGCAGGAGGAGGAGCGCGAGCGCCGCAUGGACUUCGUGCCGGAGGAGUCCGCCAUCAAAGUCGACCACAUCGAGGUUGACCAGGAGACCAUAGAUCUGCUGGAGUCCCUCGGGAUGAAGGAUCUUCCGGGUGUCGUGCUCAAGGUGGACCAGGUCCCGAUUAGCGUCGCGCCUCAGAUACCCUACGGCCGUGGAGGCGGCGGCGGCGGCAGGAGGUACUGA